CCUCUGAAUGAGCAUUUUCUUAUUUGAUUUUGGCCUUAUACAGCUCGUUGAGUGCAGUCUUAGUGCCAGCAUCGUUUGUGGUGGUGAAUAGACAGCUAACAAUAUGUCUUGGUAAACAGUGUGAUCUACAGCUUAUGGUGGUUAUGUCACACAUUUAAGACAAAUUUAUGAACCAUUUAUAAAACAGGAUUUGUAACACCAUCAUGUAGUGGUUAUGAACCCUUUAGAAAACAGGAUUUGUAACAACAUCAUAUAGUGGUUAACAAGGCUUUAUAAAACAGGAUUUGUAACACCAUUAUGUAUUGGUUGUAAACCCUUUAUAAAACAGGAUUUGUAACACCAUCAUGUGGUGGUUAUGAACCCUUUAGAAAACAGGAUUUGUAACACCAUCAUAUAGUGGUUAACAAGGCUUUAUAAAACAGGAUUUGUAACACCAUCAUGUGGUGGUUAACAAGGCUUUAGAAAACAGGAUUUGUAACACCAUCAUGUAGUGGUUAACAAGGCUUUAGAAAACAGGAUUUGUAACACCAUCAUGUGGUGGUUAUGAACCCUUUAUAAAACAGGAUUUGUAACACAUUCAUGUAGUGGUUAACGAGGCUUUAUAGAGGCUUUAUAAGAUGCACUUCAUUUAAAGCAGAACUUUGUUUUUAUUCAACAUAUAUUGUAGGAAUAAAUUAUUAAUAAAUGGUGAGCAAACUCUUUAUAAAUGUCUUAGAAAUGGUUUAUUGACGGACAUUAAAGUGUUCCUGAGAAGUGAAAUGGUUUCAGGAAGUACUUAGUCAAACAGAAGGACUUCCGUGGCUCAGAGUAGACACACACACACACACACGCACACACACUCAGAGUGGUUCUCAUACACACUGCAGGUGCAGACCUUCCUGUACUGGGGUGGUAACUGGACAUAGAAGUAUUGAGGGGACUGGAGUAAACAGGGUGUACAGCGUCUAAAGAGAAUUGAACUAGCUGGGAGCCACAAGUCAUCAUGGUUAACCUGCUGGUCCUCACACUGAAGGUUGUCCUCCUCUUAGGUGAGUACAUCAGACUGAAUGAACACAUGUCCAGUGACUCCUCUCUAUAGUUGGAUACAUUUGGUUGUAACAUUUUACAGUGUAACUCCAUUCACUCACUGAUAAUGUUGUUAGAUAAAGGGGAGGGGACACUGAGGAACACAAGGUCAGUAUGUACUGAUGGAUGUGAUGGUGAACACCAGUGGUGUACCAGACCAGAAUCCACUCUUACAGUAUGUGAAAUGGAAGCUGGGGUGUUUGUACUGUUUGUAAUGAGACUGUUGGUGUGUCCUACAGCUGCUGUGUGGAGUGUGUGUUCAGCAGAGUUGAUCACAGUGGAAGGAUAUGAGGGGGGCAAGGCAGAGAUCAGAUGCCCCUAUAGAGAGCAGUUGAGGAGCCACCAGAAGUACCUCUGUAAAGGGGAUUGUCCUGUUUUUAAUAAAAACGAAGUUAUUAAGACUGAGGCAGGGGAAAACAGUGCUUCUAACGGGAGAUACUCGCUGAAGGACAUCAGAGACGAAAGUGUCUUCAUUGUGACAAUCACCAAACUGAUGAUUAACGAUGCUGGGAAAUACUGGUGUGGAGUGACCAAUUUAUUGGCAGAUGACUACACUGAAGUCAACCUUACAGUCUCUAGAGCGACACCAACAAUAACCACCACCACCACAAGAAAACCUGCUACAAAAACAACAGCAUCAAUCCCAAGUUCACCAACGCUAUCAUCCUUAGCCACCUCCAUCUCAUCAUCAUCAUCCAUCUCUCAACUAUCAUCCAUCUCAACACCAUCAUCCAUCUCAUCAUCAACACAAAAUGGAUUUGAUACAUCAGUGGUCAUCAUAGUAUCUGUGACUCUGGUCAUGCUGCUAUUGGUGCUUGUGGUCAGCCUGUUCAUAGUCUAUAGAUGGAAAUUCAACAAGGAAACAGCUGUCUCCUCAGCACCCAGGGUGAACACAGACACUCGGAUCAACAUAGAGGGUGGUCAUGGUGAUGGUGACUAUGAGGAAAUAAAGGACCGCCCCCAACAGUCCAAUUCAGGUAGUGAGACCCCCACCAUCUACGCCACCGCCAACUUACCCACAAGCCCCUCUGACUCUCUCAACUAUGCCAGCGUCAACUUCCACAAGAACCCCAGCUGCCCCAAUGAGGCCACUGUCGCCAUCGCUAAAAAGGGCACUUUUUCUGGUGACUAUGCCACUGUUAACAUAAGUCAAAACCCUGCCUACUCUACUGUCAAUCAUCCACACAGCUCCUCUGAGGCUCCUCCCAUCUACUCCACAGUGAGCAAAUCCAGAGACACCUGAGUGACUGACAACCAAUCACAAGGGACAUACACACACUGGCAACCAAUCACAAGAAACAUGUCAUGAACUACGUUUGCCACUAACAGCCUCUUGAACAUUGAGCUCUGUUUUUAGCUGACAGCUGCAUAAUGUGCUUCAUGUCCCCACAAUGUGUUUCCCUGACUUCUCUCUUCCAUCAGAUGUUUCCCUGACUUCUCUCUUCCAUCAGAUGUUUCCCUGACUUCUCUCUUCCAUCAAAUGUGCUUCCCUGACUUCUCUCUUCAACUUGUCUUCAUGUCAUUUAAUUGCAUGUUAAUAUCUGCAGAUAAAAAUUGUCUCACUAUUUGGCAAGCACUUAAAAAGGUAUCACACCUUUUGACCAAGGCAUUAUAGCUGUCUAUUAACUGUUUUUUUUUACACAUUUGUAAAUGAUUAAAUAAGCAUUAAUGAUGUCUUGAUAAACUCCUGAUAAAGGGUGCCUUUAAAAACACCCAUUUUAGCUUGGCCUUCAAUCAGUGACUGUUUUAGACGUCCUCUGUGUUUUAUGUUCUUUUAUUCAUCCUUUUUACUGCUUCCUGUUUGCUUCUACUUUUUCAUGUGAUUGUUUUAUUGUGAAUUGUGUUGCGAUUGUAAAUGCAAUUUAAAUUAAAGGGGAAGUGCAGUUAAAAACUUGACUUUCCUGUUUUUUUAUGAUAUUAGAGACACUAGAGAGGUGGAAAUAACACUAGGAAAUUGUGACAUUUAUGAUAAUUACCUUUCUGUGUGAGAGCUGUUUUAAAAGAAUGCCUGGAAUUUCAGCAUGUUCAUGAUGCCACAAUCUGAUCUGAUUAUAUGUUAUUUUGUUUCAUGUUUGGUCCCCAUUGUGAUUUUUUUCAGUACAUAUGUGCAAAUUAUUUAGUUCAGAAGGAGCCAGCAAAACUAGUGCCCUCCAUGUGCUCUAGGUCAUUGGACACCACUAGACAUGCACGUGGUUAUUCUUGUAACUGUUAUGGCCAACUAUGGUUACACCUCUUGGGUCUUUUCCAGAACAGGGGUUCCCCUUUCAGAGGAUUCAGCAGGAUGUCAUGUAUUGGUUAAUCCUGUAGAGUGCCACGGUCUGUUGCUAUGGUCCUACAUGCAUGAAACUAGUUUUGUGACUCUACAGGUUGCAUGUCCUAAUUUGAAGACAAUAUCAUGAUGGUGGCUAAAUGCCAGAGGUGAUAAGCCAUUAAGAGGAGUUACUAUGAGAAUGACGUAAGAAGGACAAAUGUAUAAGUAUUCUGUGCCAAGGCUGGAAGGCAGUUGUUUUCAUGAUCCAGCUCGGCUUUUAUUAUGAAGUAAUAAAUAGUCUAUUUGAACUCACAUGCUCCGGGAUUUGUGAAAUAUGAUUGACCAAAUAUUUCCACGACUACCCCAGGAAGAGUAGCUGCCUCAGCAACAACUAAAGGGGAUCCUAAUAAAUAGUAAAUACUACUAAAUACAUCAACGUGAAAAUUGAAAUGUUUAUGAAUGUGUGUUGUCCCUGUCAACUAGAUACAUAAACACACUGCCUCUCAAAAUUAUUUGUCAUUUGCCUGAGAAAAUUACUUUGAUUGGUGGUCAUGUGGUGAACUGAUAUAACAGUCUCUUCCUGUACGUCUGUAACCCUGGUGUUGGUCUCCAUCUAGUGGUGAUCUAUGGUAUUUGCAGUCUUUGACUUGUGUCCUGCAGGCAGGUCAUCCAAUGGGACAGAGGAGUAAUACUCACCAUCAAUGUUGCCUCUAAACUGCACCGCGCGCUGGCGAGCGGUACCCCGAGACUGGUACCCCGAGACUGCCAUGAAGAAGAAAUAUCAGCCCACGAAGAGUAGCACGAGAUUGAACUUUACUCAACUUUCUAGAGCAGUAGUCACCAACCGGAGGAUCGCAAUCGACUGGUCGAUCUCUAAGCAUUUGUGUACAAAGCCCAACGAUAAAGUCUUGUG